UGCACUGUUACCGGAAUUAAUUUGGGGCACCGAAUAGGGGCAAAGUUUGAAACUUUUGGAGCAAACAAAAAACAGAGAUGGAAUAAUUUAUUUCCCUUUUUACAGGACACACAUGACCUGACCUACUCUUUUUCUACUCCUACUGCAGCUACAUGACCCUUCGCAGCACAUUGCCAUUGUGUAUUGCAAAAUUUUGGAGGCUUUGACUAAAAAAGCUUCGUUUUUUCGAGCUUGCUCCUCCCCUGAAAUAAAAUUUCGAGGCCCAAAAAUCCGCCGCGCCCCCCGGAGAUGAUCCGCCGCCGGUGAGUCCUCUGGCUGUCAGCGAGCUUCUGGUUGAGGUGCGUCUCGCCGCCGGCCGCGGUCUGCCGCGGCCAGAUCUGGCGGGCGAGUGUGGUCCGUCUCGACCGCGGCCAGAUCUGGCGGGCGAGUGUGGUCCGUCUCGCCGGUAGUCGCCGAUCCAUCAGCAGAGGGGGGGCGGCGGCCGCCCCUUCUUCCCCGCGGCCGAGCUCGCCUCUCCGCCCGCCGCCGAAGCUCGUCGCGCCGCGACCCGGAGAGGAGACCGCGCCCAGUCGAGCAGCACCGCCUGGGAUUGGGCCCAGCGUCCUCGCGACCUGCUCCGGCGCGGCGUCCGCCCUCUGCAGCACCAGCGUCCCCGCGACCCGCUCCGGCGCGGCCGCCACACCAGACAGCUCCACGGGCCAGGGCAAUGAAGAUUUCUAAUCUGGAUGCACACUUAAUCUUGUCCAGUUCUUGAUCUUUGGAUUCUCUGCUCCCGCUCAAGUUAAUUUGUUGGCCAAUCGAGUCCAGAGGCACAGAUGGGUGAGGAGUACAAUAUGGAUGAGGCCCUGAAAGCCAAAAAUGUUGCUGAGACCAAAUUCCAUGCCCGUGACAUCAGGGGUGCUCGGAAGUACGCACUCAAGGCCCAGAAUCUCUGCCCGACACUUGAAGGCAUAUUGCAGAUGGUCUCAACACUUGAAGUUCAUCUUGCAGCUGAGUCCAAGAUUGAUGGAGAGAGUGACUGGUACCGGAUAUUGUCUUUAGGCGCCUUUGCAGAUGAAGAGGAGGUGAAGAAGCAAUAUAGGAAGCUAGCUUUGCUGCUACACCCAGACAAGAACAAGUCAGUUGGUGCUGAGGAGGCCUUCAAACUGAUCUCUGAGGCAUGGAGUGUGUUGUCAGAUACUAGCAGGAAGGUUGUUUAUGAUGAGAAGCGAAGAAACCAUUCUGCUGUGAACGUAACCAAUGGCAUCUAUACUUAUGAUAAAAAGGCAAACAAGAGGGCUCGAAAGAAUGCCGCUGCUGCAGCUGCUGCCGCUGCCGCUGCCGCCGCCGCAGCAGCAGCAGCUGAGGCUACUACUCGUCCUGUUGGGGUUGAUACAUUCUGGACAUCUUGCAACCGCUGUCGGAUGCAGUAUGAGUACCUAAGAAUUUAUCUUAAUCAUAACCUGCUGUGCCCAAAUUGCCAUCAUGCAUUCUUGGCAGUGGAGACUGGGUUCCCUUGCAAUGGAAGCAGUUCAUCAUUCUCUUGGUCAACCAAGCAGCAUCCGCAGCAGAACCACAAUUCGACCAAGCAUUCAUAUGUCUCAACAAGCAGGACUUCUAGCAUCCCUGGGACAGGGAAUGGGGGGUACCAGCAAGAUAAUACUUAUGAUUCCUACAACAAUCAAGGCUUCCAGUGGAAUCAGUACUCCAAGACAACACCUGCAGCUGGUACUAAUGCUUAUAGUACACAGGCCUUGGAGAAACAGAGAAGGAAGCAUGAUGAGAGCUACAGCUACAACUAUUCUGAAAGCGGCAACACAUAUGUCCAUGAGAAAACUGCUUCAAGGCGUGGUCGCUUCUCAAAGCGGAGAAGGCAUAAUUAUGAUGCUUACACUACUGUGGAUUAUGGUGGCGAUAACAAAGAAACAGUUGCCGCAAGCACAGAACCAACUGCUGUUUUCACUGAUGUGGGACGGGUCAAUGGUACUUCAGUGGAACGGUUUAGAUCUGCAGUGAGUGGAAGAAGAGCAAAUAUUCUGGGUGAGAUUACCCAGAUUGAUACACGAAGUCUACUUCUUGAGAAAGCCAAGGCAACUGUCUGUGAAAAAUUGCAGGAGUUAAACAUCACAUCAUUUGCAGAAAGAAAAUGUUCUGAAGGAAAGCUAUAUCCUUGUGACAACAACAUAAAGGUCAAUGGUGUCCCCUCUGACAAACCUGGCAAGGGAGUCAAGCUAUGCAACUCAAGAAGCAUGGAAAUCCAAGUGCCUGCUACUGAUGAUAAGAAUCCAGAGCAGCGCCGUGUACCUGUGUCAAUUGAUGUCCCAGACCCUGACUUCCAUGAUUUUGAUAAAGAUCGAACGGAGAAGACUUUCGAUAGUGAUCAAGUAUGGGCUACAUAUGACAGUGAGGAUGGCAUGCCUCGCCUAUAUGUAAUGGUUCAGAAAGUUCUUUCAGUGAGGCCUUUCCGGAUCCGCAUGAGUUUUCUCAACUCAAAGUCAAAUAUUGAACUGGCACCUAUAAACUGGGUUGCCUCUGGUUUCCAGAAGACAUGUGGCGAUUUCAGGGUCGGGAGAUAUCAGGUCAGCGAAACGGUCAACAUAUUUUCACACAAAGUGAACUGGACUAAAGGUCCCCGUGGCAUCAUCAGAAUUGUUCCCCAGAAAGGGGAUACAUGGGCCUUGUACCGUAACUGGUCUCCUGAUUGGAAUGAGCUGACACCUGAUGAUGUGAUAUACAAGUAUGAGAUAGUAGAAGUUAUUGAUGAUUUCACCGAGGAGCAAGGGCUGACUGUCAUUCCAUUGCUGAAGGUUGCCGGAUUCAAAGCUGUCUUCCACAGACACAUGGAUCCCAAGGAGGUCAGGAGGAUACCAAAGGAAGAGCUGUUCCGGUUCUCGCAUCGAGUUCCUUCUCGUCUUCUGACUGGUGAAGAAGGCAACAAUGCCCCGAAAGGUUGCCAUGAGCUGGACCCUGCUGCAACUCCAGUGGACCUUCUUAAGGUUAUCACGGAGCUCAAGGAAGACACGAUGACACAGACUGCUAAAUAGGAGGGGGCAACUAUUGAACACUGAAGAUAGGUAGCUGGAUGUCUGAAUGAUCAAGUCCCCACUUCGUUAACGACAACGUGCCAGCGCAUGAUGGUAUCUAAACCUCUACUACGGCAUCUUAUUUUUGGCUGAUGACUUGGACAAUACUGCCAGGGCAAGCAGCCUGUGUGACGGACUUCUGACCUUUUUAAUUCUUAGGCAUUUCUAACAUUUGAUUUUAUCGCUACACAAAGCACCGCGUAGAUUAAAUGGCCAUUGGGAGGAGGCCACACACAGCAUUGGUGAGGAGGUUAGUUGUCGUGAGGUAGGAGAGGAGAGUGAAGGUGUUUGCUUGCUGUGUUGCCACUCCGCGAUGUAGGAGGCAAGUCUGAGUCUAGGGAAAGAGCUGCUAGGCUUGGCUUGCCCAUGUACCCCGCAUUUGUGUACCUGUUUUACUUAUGAUGUUGUAUUUCCUUCGGUCUUAUAGUAAUUCAUCGCCAUGAUGUUGAACCAGAUAAUUUUAGACUCUGAACUCUGGUAACCAUGUCUGAAAAUCUGGUGCUUUUAUAUAGUGGAUGCUUCUGUCUUUGACAGUGUACUGUUUGGUUGUAUACUGGAAUUACUUGGGUCGAUUCGUCGAUUCUAGGAUGAAAUCUUUGUGCUGA